UGCUACGUGACACAAUGGGUUGGGCACAGAAUGUUCAGAAGUCGAGUUGGUGCACCGAAAAUAAGUCCUAUUUUCCGAUUUUACUUCAAAACUACGGCAAACAACUAGGACAGAAGGUAGUAUUAUGAAACUGGACUCCAUGGCGGAUGCAAUAAAUUGAUUUGCAUCAGAAAAAAGCGUUGUUAAAAAUGCCUACGAACGAUUGUUAUUUAUUUCACAAGAAAGACCUGUCCUUAAUCCUUACUCUAAAUGGCUAACUGUGUUUAGUGCCCUUAAGAAACUGCUAAUUGCAUUACCUCGCCAAAAAACACACAAGUUGUCACUAUCACUUCAACAAAUAGCAAUUUUCUCGCUUGUGUUGCUCCGCAGUGGAGCAUGAGCUCCCUGAAUUAUUGACGCAGGCCAAUCAUAUUUGAUGAGAAACCCCAAAUGGGCGAGUGUUUGUGGGCAAGGCGCUAUCGACAAUAUGGCGGACGAUGGAGACAGUACGAGUGGAGCAGUUGACACUAGUGGCGGGUUGGGGACUUCAGAUGAGUCGGACGCGUUCAGUCUUGGCGGGAUGUUGUUAAAUUUAAGUAUUUUAGUUUUAGUUGUUGCGAUCUGCUAUGUUAUUUAUCGGCGAUGGGGUAAACGAAUUGUCGAUGACGCGGCCAAAGGAAGCGAGGCCUCGUCUCUUCCGAAGAUGAGGAGAGGUGAUUUCACGUUGGAACAACUGAGGGAAUACGAUGGACUGCAAAACCCCCGGAUCAUGAUGGCAGUUAAUAUGAAAGUAUUCGAUGUUACCACCGGCAAAACGUUUUAUGGCCGAGACGGUCCAUAUGGUAUCUUUGCGGGCCGGGAUGCAUCGAGGGGUCUGGCCACGUUCUGUUUGGAGAAAGACGCCCUGAGGGAGGAGUAUGAUGACCUGUCAGACCUCAACGCUGUUCAGAUGGAGUCCGUCAGAGAAUGGGAGAGGCAGUUCAUGGAAAAAUAUGAUUAUGUUGGUCGACUGUUAAAGCCCGGGGAUGAGCCGUCAGAGUACACAGAUGAGGAGGACAUCAAGGACCACCUGAAACAUGACUGAACUGUUGCCCUGUUCUGUUCACACCACCAACCAAAGCCUUGACCCAAACAGCUGACAGCACCUGGCCCCCCCACAGCCCCCUCUUCCCUCUCAAGCCCCCCCCCUCUCCUCUUCCCUCUCAAGCCCCUCCCCUCGCCUUUUCCCUCUCAAGCCCCCCCCUCUCCUCUUCCCUCUCAAGCCCCCCCCCCCCUCAAGUGCUCAUUUUCCUCUGGUUGGAUAGCCCAGUGCUGGAUGGGCGGGCCCUGACUCCUCACCAUACAGAUCACCACUAACAGAAACCAGUGAUGAAACUGUUUCAGGGGGAUUUGAAUGACAUGAACUUGUCUUUGUGUCGUUAGUCUAUUUGAAAACAGAAAAACACAAAACAUUUUUAUAGAAAUUUCCUUCCGUCUCUGUUGUGUAAAUGUGAACAGAGGCAUAAAGAUCUCGACAAACCAUUUCUGUAUGGACCUUGCUUUGUGCCCGGGGGCAUUGUCAUGUUGAAACAGGAAAGGUCCUUGCCACAACAUAUUUAGAAUCACUCUGAUUGAUUGGGAAUACAAAGGGAAGGUCAGCUGACAGUUCUAAUCAAUCGACUGUUUCCAAGCUACACUACCGGAUGUUGGAACAAUCCCCAGGACAUGAAAUGGUCAAAGUGUUAAUUGUGCCUUAAUUUGUUUUUUUUUAUACUACUUUAAUCCUGGGGGGGGGGGGGGGGGGACUCUUCUGUCCAUAAAGUUUAUUAGUUUUCUUGGUGUUAUAAAACGCGGUUUACCUUCUUGGGAAGGCGUUCUAUAGACUGGUUUUCCUUUUUAAAGCCGUCAGUCUAAGGCAUGCUUUGGUCUGUCACACCGACUGGCAGAGAGACUCCACGCAUCACUACCUUGUAUAUAGACCUCUGUUACGGCCAUAUUGAUGUAGGUAAUGAACUCCAUAUAUUGCUGGGUUGUAUUGGACUAAAGCCCCAUGGUUUGUGGUUUUUCUUUCGUUUUUUUUUUGUUGUUGCUGAAGUUCCUUUUAAACGUGGGUGAAUGUUGAAAGGGCAUGUGGUGUGGGACGGGAUCAGGGAAUGUUCACAUUUGGGAGAGAAGUUGCUUAUCUUGUAAAUAUAUCUAUCAUUUUAUUAAAGCAUGUGCGUCAAUGUUGAGCAAUGCUGAAUUCCCACCAUGUCAUGUAUUUAAGUGUUGGGUAAGUGUCUGCAGAGAGAGACAGGCGUGCAUAAUAAAGUGAUUUGGUUAUUAAUGUCUGAGUUACUUCAUUCCAGACAGAUGUAGGUACACUACUGGUCAAGUUUUAGAACACCUACUCAUUCAAGGGUUUUUCUUUUUUUUUAUUACUAUUUUCUACAUUGUAGAAUAAUAGUGAAAACAUCAACUAUGGAAUCAUGUAGUAACCAAAAAAAGGUUUAAACGAAUCCAAAAUAUAUAUUUUAAUUCUUCUUAAUUCUUCAAUUAGCCGCCCUUUGCCUUGACAGCUCUGUACACUUGUCAUUCUCUCAACCAGAUUCACCUGGAAAGCUUUUCCAACGGUCUUGAAGGAGUUCCCACAUAUGCUGAGCACUUGUUGGCUGCUUCACUCCGCGUUCCGACUCAUCCCAAACCAUUUCAAUUUGGUUGAAGUCGGGGGAUUGUGGAGGCCAGGUCAUCUGAUACAGCACUCCAUCACCCUCCUUGGUAAAAUAGCCCUUACACAGCCUGGAGGUGUGUUGGGUCAUUGUCAUGUUGAAAAACAAACACAAUGAGUGACGGCUAUAUACAGGAAGUACCAGAGUCGAUGUGCAGGGGUACGAGGUAAUAACAUAGCUAUAUACAAGGAGUACCAGCACUGAGUCGAUGUGCAGGGGUACGAGGUAAUACGUACAUAGACAGUAGGUAGGGGUAAAGUGACUAGGCAACAGGAUAGAUGAAGCAGUGUAUGUGAUGAGUCAAAAGAGUUAGUGAAAGAAGGGUCGAUGCAGGUAGCUAUUAACUAUUUAGCAGUCAUGGUUUGGAGGUAGAAGCUGUUCAGGGUCCUGUUGGUUUCAUGCAUCGGUUUCGCUUGCUGUGUGGUAGCAGAGAGAACAGCCUGGCUUGACUUAGGCGCCUUCCUCUGACACCGCCUGGUAUCGAGGUCCUGGGUGGCAGGGAGCUCGGCACCAGUGAUGUACUGGGCCGUACGCAUUACCCUCUGUAGAACCUUGCAGUCGGAUGCCAAGUAGUUGCCACACCAAGCGGAGAUGCAGCCAGUCAAGAUGCUCUCAAUGACGGAGCUGUAGAACAUUCUGAAGAUCUGAGGGCCCACGCCAAAUCUUGUCAGUCUCCUGAGGUGGAAGAGGCGUUGGAGGGACUUCUUCAUGACUGUGUUGGUGUGUUUGGACCAUGAUAGUUCCCUUGUGAUGUGGACAACUAAGAACUUAAGGUUGUCGACCCGCUACAGCCCUGUCGAUGUGGAUGGGACUGUGUUCGGCCCUCUGUGUCCUGUAGUCCACGAUCAGCUCCUUCGUCUUGCUGACGUUGAGGGAGAGGUUGUUGUCCUGGCACCACACUGCCAGGUCUCUGACCUCCUCCCUAUAGGCUGUCUCAUUAUCUUCAGUGAUCAGGCCAAGCACCGUUGUGUUGUCAGCAAACUUGAUGGUGUUGGGAGUCGUGCGCGGGUAAACAGAGUACAGGAAGGGACUAAGCACGCACCCCUGAGGGUCCCCAUGUUGAGGGUCAGCGUGGUAUGAUAUAAAAUGCUAACCUCCCCUGUUAUUGUAAUGGUGAGAGGUUAGCAUGUCUUGGGGGUAUGAUAUAAAAUGCUAACCUCUCCUGUUAUUGUAAUGGUGAGAGGUUAGCAUGUCUUGGGGGUAUGAUAUAAAAUGCUAACCUCCCCUGUCAUUGUAAUGGUGAGAGGUUAGCAUGUCUUGGGGGUAUGAUAUAAAAUGCUAAUGUAAUAAAUACCAUUUGAAAAUAACACAAGCAUAUUGCUAUUACAUUGUUAUAACUAACUUCUUUCUAAGCAGGGUUUCUCACACACCCAGAGACAGAUGGCUGACACAGAACAUUCAGAAACACUGAUAAGAAAAGGGUGCAGACACACACACAUACUCAAGGACAGAGGGCUGACUACGCACACACAAAAUCUCCUGUUUUAGCUGAACAUUUUGAUAACAAAGAACUUUUGUUGCAAGACUCAGAAGGAUGACGCACAGCUCAUCCGGACCAAUCUGAGAAGACAACAACCUGUCCAGAACCAACCAAAGGACCAGAACUUCCAGACUCAACCUACUUUCUGUGUUGUAUAAAAUGUCUAUGCAUUCUGUUAUCUGGGCUUUUUUCUGGAGGUUCUCUAUGAGCUAAAGGAACGAGACCGUAUACGCUUGUACCAGAUAUCUUCACUCUGAAUAAAACUGUCACUUGUCAUACAAUUUACCACCUUGUCCGAAUCGAUCCUUGACCGGCUCGCCCUUCUCCAUAUCCAAUUAUCAACAGAAACAUGGUAGCAGAGGAUGGUUGCCUAGAUACCCGGUCCAGAGUGGUUGAUAUAGAUGUGAGGGGGCGAGUUGGUGAAAGGACGGUUCACGGAGGACAGGUGAAAUCUUUUGGGGGGAGGACAGCAGUUCUGCUCAGCUCGAGAAACUGAUCUCCUGGUCGACCAUAAAUAAGGUAAGCAAGACCAGUUAAAUCAAACUUUGCAUAUUGUCGUAUAGUUCUUCCAAAUUUUGAUCAGUGGUACCGAGUCUGGGUAAGAAUUCUUGUUUAAAUUUAUGAGCAUAGAUGACAUGUGAACGACAGUGAAGUGAACAUAUGUGGGAAUAAUUUGUAAGUCUUAAGCGCUAUUAUAUAGUCCGGCUUGUGACCGGUGAGGAAUAGGCUUAAUUUGUGUUAAAAGCGCUAUUAUAUAGUCCGGCUUGUGACCGGUGAGGAAUAGGCUUAAUGUGAUAAAAAGAUCUAUUCGUAUAGUCCGGCUUGUGACCGGUGAGGAAUAUAGUAAGCACUAUUCAAUAGUCCGGCUAUUCAGUCGGUGAAGGGUAGGCUUAAAAUUGGGAUAGGCACUAUUCAAUAGUCCGGCUAUUCAGCCGGUGAAGGAUAGGCUUGUUCCAUCCCCAUUCAUAUAGUCCGGCUGUGACCGGUGACGAGUGGGGUAAAGUUUGUCAAGACCUAUUAGUAUGGUCCGGCUUGUGUCCGGUGAGGAGUAGGCUAGACUUAUUCAAUAGUCCGGGCGAUUGUCCGGUGAAGAAUAGUCUAUUUGUGUUUGUAGGCGCCAGGUUGAAAAAUGUUCAAUGUUUAAGUGUAAUGUUUCCAAUGUCUAAAGUCUAAGUGUUCAACGUCUAAAGGGUAAUGUUCAUAAUGGGAAAAAUGUAAAUGUUUAAUGUAAAAAAUACACACUCAUAACUCUUAGAGCUGUACAGAGAAUGGACAGAAGAUGGCAGUAUUGCAGCACUCAACGGUCUCUUAGCAAACGGGAGCCUGUUUGAGUGCUGAUGACAGAAAAAACUUAGAACCAAUUCGGAGUAGAGAGAAUACAUUUAAUAACUUAUUUAGGUUCAAUUUACAGACUAAUGAUAUUAUUGUUAUGGAUUGGCUGACAUGCGAUAUAAAUUUAGCGAAGUAUAUGGUAAGUUUACACUUUGAAAUGGAAAGAGUUGAGAAGUUGAUUUUACUUAUAGGAUAGUUUUGCUGCUAAACUUAGUUGGAGUAACUAGAUGUUUUGCCUAGAGGCAUGAAUAAGACAGUCAUUUUUGGUAUUAUAUUGGCUAGUUGCUGCGUUCUGAAUACAGGUUGAGCGCUAGUAAACGCAUAUCUUUAUUUGAACUAUACUAAUCUAUUUGAUAAAAGUACUAAACCUGUAUAUUUAACAUUUGAUAAUGAUUUACCGGGUGUGGCCGUAUUAAAUUAUGCUAGAGAAAAUUGGUUGUGUCAUUUAGAGGGAAAAUGUGUACAUUAUAGCUUUGAGAUACUUUUCAAAAGUUGCUGAAAGUUAUGGGUUUUGGUUUAGGUAACACCAGAGAAUUCGAACAAUAAGUAAACGUAUUCUAAACGUGAUCUGUUUUCAUUAUGGGGAACAAAGAACGACUCGCAACCUGGUAUGGCAGGCAUGAGAGUUUUUAAAGGGACAGUGUACGUUUAUCACAGUUGUAUGGUUAGUACAUGAAACAUCGGGGAAAUUUAAAACGAAUGAUUUAAGGGUAUUAUCAUAAUUAUUAGGUUUUGUUUUUGUGGUAAACGUUUUGGGUUAAGGGGUUUUCCGUGUUCCGAGAGACAAGAUAAUAUUAGGUGUUUUACUUUGAGUUUUAUUUAGACAAGGGACUUUGUUAAGAUAAAGGGUUCUUUUAGUAAAUCUAGAUAUAGUAUGAAACACGAAUGUAAGGAGGUGAUGUAACCUCUUGACCUGUCUUCAUUGCAUUUUCGUGUGGAUUGAUCACCCACAGGGGAAAUGUAGUGAGGAUAAUGAAAUUGUGGUCAUUUGGGAAUACUAGUUUUGAGGUAAAUUGAUAUAAUAGAGUUUAUAACUCUUGACCAUAAUUGUAGUUUUAACCACAGAGGAGUCAGGAUUCUGUUUUUAAACAUUGGCGAUGACGGUUUUGAAUGGGCUGUUAUUGAAUUGGUUUGAACAGGAGAUAUUUUAAGCCUAUAGGGCAUGGAAAUAAAAGUGAUAGAGAGCUUAUUAGUAAAGAAAGGAAUUUAUAUGGUUAGCAUUUGUUUUGGCCAUAAGAAGAUAGAGAUAGGUUUAUUAAGGUUAUGUAAGGACUUUAGAGAUUGACACUAUAAGACAUGUUGUUAAUUUUAAAUCCAUGAUUUUAGAUAAAGUCAAAACAGUGAGACACUUAGUUAAUGUUUGGGACCAAGCUACAGACAGAUAAGGGAAAGGGCAGACAGAGUGGCCCUCCCCGCACUGCUGAGACCUUGAAGGUUUGAGAGCAGAGAAGGGAGUUUUGGAAGGGGUGCCAGGACAGAGAUAACAGAAUGGGUAGAUAACAGUUACUGAAUGGAGACAAAAGGGAGAAUUGGACAUGUGGAAAAUAAAAGGGGCGCUCCUACAUAAUAAUGUAGAACAUAAGAAAAUGUAAUAAGGUUGAUACCUGGGCAGAGCCAGGUAUCAAACGGGGGAGGGGUACAUUGUGGUCUAGGAUAGGAUGGGGCCUAUUGGAUAAUAAACUAAUAAAAAAAAUCUUUAAAAAUCUUUAAAAAAAAUUCUAGCUAAUAAAUAGGCAUAGAAGUUAAAUAUAUAAUCAGAUAGAACAAAUGACAAACUGUUUGUUAACCAAACCUGUAUGUCCAAGAUUUUAUGCACUACAGGUGAAUUACAGGUGAACUCACUCAAUCCAGUCCCUGAGGCCUGUUGGGGGGACCAUACCAAGGACUCCUGGUAACAGCUAGCUGAAGUAGCUACCCGGAUUCAUAUCACACUGCGGGAGGGUAAGACACAUUGACACUGUCGAACAAGCACAGUGUCCGAGAGGAGAACUGGAAUUAACAGAAUUCUGGGGGCCAUCUCUCGGAUGAAAAUUUCCUUUUCCCGUCAUUCCAUCCCUGUGUUUGUUCAUAGAAGUGAAGGUGUGUCUGGCUUCUUGCUGGUGAUGUUUUCUCUGGGAGAGGGUGGGGCUUUACAGGAUUGCUUGUGGUCCUGAGUUGUCUGUUUAGGAUACGAUGGGGAUGUUACCAUCACAGUACUGCCAGAACCACCACCAGUUCCAACAGACCAGGUUCAGCCGGCCUCCUCCACCACUUCAAGACCAAGUCCCACACCACCACCUAAGCUCUCCAAUCUGGUACAGGUAAUAAAUGUGAAAGACAUCUCAGAUAGUGACCAAUCUGAUUCUGGUUAUGAGGGUGGGGAGAACAUGUGGUUGGCCUAUAUGAGAUACACUGCCAAAACACUUAAUAGAAAGGACUGUGUCGUAUGUGGACAUGCCAGACCUAUUCUGGCUGCUCACCCAUUUGCCCUAAGCAAUGGGAAAGGUUGGAUGUGCAUAUUGGAAAGUUUCUAUUAUACUAAGCCAAAUUCAACCCUGUGUAAAACUCUGAGUCUUGUGUUCCCAGAAGUCCCUUCCCAGAAGACACCAUGGGGGGUUAAGGCAUAUGGGGGAUAUUACAGCUGUAACACUGGUACAGGUAGAGGUAUGGACUAUGGGAGGUUCCCUGCUGCUGCCUGCAUCACUAAUGUCACUAUUAACUAGAGGUGUUGCUGAUGUAUGGUGGAUGUGAGGACCUGCCAGGCGGUUGACCCCAUUUUGAAAGGAGAUUAUCAGGGAACAUGUGUUUUGGCCAGUCUGAUAAACACCAUUGCCUAUUAUUGAGGUUACAGCUAACCAACUUUUGGGAGCUGCACAUGACAGAGGCUUGGGACCAACCCAGGAGUCGGCAGAAACGUGACGCUCCUUGGUCCAAGAGUACAGAUAACAUCCACACCAACCUGUUGGGGGUCCCAAUAGGGGUCCCCCACGAAUUCCAGACAUUAAACAGGAAUGAUGGCCUGUGGCAUCUGAUGCCCAUCAUUGGCCCAGCUAUUGUUGAUGCUAAGCAUAAUGCCUGGAUCAAUUAUAUCUACUAUAAUUAAUGAUGAUUUGUUAAAUACACCCACACAGCACUUACGGGGGUGGCUGAACAAUUGGAUGCCACCUCGUAGACCAAAUAGACUAGCACUGGACAUGAUUCUGGCCGACCAGGGAGGCGUAUGUAAAAUGUUUGGAGAACAGUGUUGCACGUUUGUCCCUAACAAUACUAGUUCGGAUGGGAGCAUUUCAAAAAGCUCUGAGUGGGUUGGCAAGGUUAUCGGUGGAGAUGGGGGGUCUUGCAGGUGUGGAGGAGAGUGGACUGUUCCCCUGGCUGGGUGGUUGGUUUGGUAAGUACACUACAGUGAUGAUUACUGGAUUUCUGACCCUAAGUUGUUGUUUUUAAUAUGCUCAUGUUCCGUAAUGCCUGUAUCAUACCUUGUUUGAAGAAGUCUGUUACAGAUGUGGAAAGGGCCUAUGGUAUGAUGCCGCUGCUUGAUGCUCCAGUUGGAGAGGCUGAUACGAAAUCAAGCUUUCGCAGGAGAGUGGGCCUGACAGAGGGGGACCCUUGGUUCGCUGUAGUUGAUGUUGUCGAAUGAAUAAAAAGUGAUGUUUGUCCUCCCUGUUGUGAAGGUUUUAAGUUCCCGGGUGGCGACGAGCCCACCUGGUACAGAGUGUAUAGAGGGAUGGACCUGAGGGUUUAAUAUGAUCUAGCUUUUUAUGUCACGUCUCUUUUGAGACGUGAAGAGAGGGAAUCAAAACUUUUUCCUUCUGAAAAAGUUCCCUGUCUCUGCUUGUCUUAGCUAUUUUUGUCACGUCUCUUUGGAGACGUGAAGAGAGGGAAUCAAAACUUUCUCUCUGAGAAAGUUUCCCUGGUUGUUUACUUUUGCUUUUCUUACUUUUACCUAGUUUAUGUCACGUCUCUUUGGAGACGUGAAGAGAGGGAAUCAAAACUUUCUCUCUGAGAAAGUUUCCCUGGUUGUUUACUUUUGCUUUUCUUACUUUUACCUAGUUUAUGUCACGUCUCUUUGGAGACGUGAAGAGAGGGAAUCAAAACUUUCUCUCUGAGAAAGUUUCCCUGGUUGUUUACUUUUGCUUUUCUUACUUUUACCUAGUUUAUGUCACGUCUCUUUGGAGACGUGAAGAGAGGGAAUCAAAACUUUCUCUCUGAGAAAGUUUCCCUGGUUGUUUACUUUUGCUUUUCUUACUUUUACCUAGUUUAUGUCACGUCUCUUUGGAGACGUGAAGAGAGGGAAUCAAAACUUUCUCUCUGAGAAAGUUUCCCUGGUUGUUUACUUUUGCUUUUCUUACUUUUACCUAGUUUAUGUCACGUCUCUUUGGAGACGUGAAGAGAGGGAAUCAAAACUUUCUCUCUGAGAAAGUUUCCCUGGUUGUUUACUUUUGCUUUUCUUACUUUUACCUAGUUUAUGUCACGUCUCUUUGGAGACGUGAAGAGAGGGAAUCAAAACUUUCUCUCUGAGAAAGUUUCCCUGGUUGUUUACUUUUGCUUUUCUUACUUUUACCUAGUUUAUGUCACGUCUCUUUGGAGACGUGAAGAGAGGGAAUCAAAACUUUCUCUCUGAGAAAGUUUCCCUGGUUGUUUACUUUUGCUUUUCUUACUUUUACCUAGUUUAUGUCACGUCUCUUUGGAGACGUGAAGAGAGGGAAUCAAAACUUUCUCUCUGAGAAAGUUUCCCUGGUUGUUUACUUUUGCUUUUCUUACUUUUACCUAGUUUAUGUCACGUCUCUUUGGAGACGUGAAGAGAGGGAAUCAAAACUUUCUCUCUGAGAAAGUUUCCCUGGUUGUUUACUUUUGCUUUUCUUACUUUUACCUAGUUUAUGUCACGUCUCUUUGGAGACGUGAAGAGAGGGAAUCAAAACUUUCUCUCUGAGAAAGUUUCCCUGGUUGUUUACUUUUGCUUUUCUUACUUUUACCUAGUUUAUGUCACGUCUCUUUGGAGACGUGAAGAGAGGGAAUCAAAACUUUCUCUCUGAGAAAGUUUCCCUGGUUGUUUACUUUUGCUUUUCUUACUUUUACCUAGUUUAUGUCACGUCUCUUUGGAGACGUGAAGAGAGGGAAUCAAAACUUUCUCUCUGAGAAAGUUUCCCUGGUUGUUUACUUUUGCUUUUCUUACUUUUACCUAGUUUAUGUCACGUCUCUUUGGAGACGUGAAGAGAGGGAUUUGUAAUAAAUACCAUUUGAAAAUAACACAAGCAUAUUGCUAUUACAUUGUUAUAACUAACUUCUUUCUAAGCAGGGUUUCUCACACACCCAGAGACAGAUGGCUGACACAGAACAUUCAGAAACACUGAUAAGAAAAGGGUGCAGACACACACACAUACUCAAGGACAGAGGGCUGACUACGCACACACAAAAUCUCCUGUUUUAGCUGAACAUUUUGAUAACAAAGAACUUUUGUUGCAAGACUCAGAAGGAUGACGCACAGCUCAUCCGGACCAAUCUGAGAAGACAACAACCUGUCCAGAACCAACCAAAGGACCAGAACUUCCAGACUCAACCUACUUUCUGUGUUGUAUAAAAUGUCUAUGCAUUCUGUUAUCUGGGCUUUUUUCUGGAGGUUCUCUAUGAGCUAAAGGAACGAGACCGUAUACGCUUGUACCAGAUAUCUUCACUCUGAAUAAAACUGUCACUUGUCAUACAAUUUA